AAAGUAUUGUAUGAACAUUUUGACACAAAAUUGAUUCCAUAGACUUCCGGUGACACACUGAGACUGGCUGGAGUUCUCAGACAGUCCCCCCAGGAUUCCGCGGGCCUUUUUUGUGAUUGUUGCUGGCUAAAAUGUCUGAUGUUGCGGGGUUUUUCCCAAAAAUUGCGAUGAAAGUUGUGGUGUUUUUUUUUAGGUUUUUGUUGCGAUUACAUUGCUGGAGGAAGUGAAAGUUGCGAGAAAUUGUUGCGAUUUUCUCUUUUUGUGAUUAAAAUAGAGUGAUAUAUUAAAUAUUAAGUUAUUACUGAAAAACCAUUGAUUAAAAAAUCAAAGACACUGAGAAAUGGUCCUAUAAACAACUUUACCAAUAUUACCAGGACUACAAAAAUGCAGAAAAUAGGCUUUACUUAUCCAAAUGCACCUGUUGGUUCAAAAGUUAAAGUGCAGAGAACCUCACAGCACAACAUGAAGUUACCUUAAAAUAUAAUAUAAAUGCCUCAGCUUUCAUGUAAGAAAAAAAACUAUUAAUACUAGUACUGUGUGCAGGCAGUCUCUCCUGAAGACUAAAUUAAACAAUAAUUAUAAACUAAUAAAAUAAAUGCCUCAGGCUUCAUAGAAGAAAAAAAACAAUUUGAACAGAAUCUCACAGUAUGAUGCUGAAGCUGCCUAAACAAUGGAAAAUAAAAUACCAUUUUGGCAAAAAUGUUGGCAUCCAUUAAUUUCUUGUAUUAAGUAAAAAUAAUAAUGUAAAGUGCACACAGUGCUUCACUGUAAACAUAACACACUUUCAGUAACAGAAUUUAAGCCUACAUAAACACUGACUCGCACAUGCAGUGUUGCCAGAUACUGCUGACGUUUUCCAGCCCAAAAUAUGUUCAAAAACCGCACAAUCUGGCAACACUGCGCACAUGCUGCUUCUCUUGAACGUCUACACGGAAGUAAGGCGGAAGGUAGUUUGUCGACGUCACCAACGAUUGGUCAAAUUUGUGGGAAAGUUGCGGUGAUUGGAUAUAAUUGCAACACUGCCCUGAAUUCGUGGGGAUUGGUUGAAUUUGCAUUGAUGUUGCAAAUCGCAACAUCGUGAAAUCCUGGAGGGUCUGACUAUUCACUGUUUUACUGCAGAAGGAUAUUACCCAGCAUGCUUUGCACAUGGAAUCAGAAUAAAAAUCAAUGUAUGAAAUAAAGAAAUAUCGGUAUGGUGAUUCAGAUAAAUUGAUAUCAUGGAUGGAUGGAUGGAGAAGGCCAGAGAAAGCUACAUUUUGUGUCUGUAGACCUGGAGAAGGCAUAUGACGGAGACAGAAAGCACAACUUUAUUCAUCACACACUUGUGAAAUUCCUCUCUGCAUUUAACCCAUCUGAAGCAGUGAACAGCCAUGCUAACAGCGCCCAGGGAGCUCAAGGGCCCCUCAGCCCAAGGCCGUCCCAUAUUAACCUAACCGUAUGUCUUUGGACUGUCAGGGAAACCCACGCAGACACGGCGAGAAUGUGCAAACUCCGCACAGAAAGGCUCCCGCUGGCCGCUGGGCUCGAACCUAUAACCUUCUUGCUGUGAGGCAACCGUUCUAACCAUGACACCACCGUGCCGCUCUCGUGCUGAGAGAUGAGUGAUGGUAUUGUACGAGAAAGUGUGGAGUGAACGAGAAUUAUAUCAGAGUGGUGCAAGACACGAAUGAGAGCAGUGAAACAGCAGUGAGGUGUGCAGUUGGACUUCAUCAAGGAUCUGCUUUGAGUCCUUUCUCGUUUGCCAUAGCGAUCAAAGUGAGGCAAGAGUCACCAUGGAACAUGAUGUUUGCGGAUGAUAUUGUGAUAUCUGGUGAAAGAAGAAAGUUGGGUUUGGAGAGAUGGAGUAUGAGAUGUACAUGAUCGAGCGCAAUGCAGAGAGAACAUCUUCGGCUGGAAGACUCCUCUAUGACAUAUUUAUUAAUUUCCCGGAGCAGCCAGUGGUGUGGCGUGAGAUCACCGUAAUCACAGCAGCAUUGAGGAACGACAGCCAGGACAAGCAUGCACAGUUCCUCAAAGGUGUGUUUGAGACUCUCCCAGGCCCUGUGCAGUGUCAGAUGCUUUUGAAAGCCACUGAACAGUGUUUUAACACACUGGAGAAAGCAGAGAUGCAUCUGCUGCUGCUGAAGAGAUUCCCAGAGUCUGUAGUACAGCAUGGGGUGAGUUUGGGAGAGUCCCUGCUGGAGGCGGAGAAGAUGCAGGAUUUGGACACACCAGUGAACUGUUACAGGAAACUGUUUGUAUGUGAUGUCCUGCCUUUGAUCAUCAAUAACAUGGAGAUGCGGCUUCCUGCCAGUCUGUUGCACAAGUACAUGCACAAAGCGGCCGAGUUUUACAUCGGCUACGUGACCCGAGGCCCAUGCGCCGAUGCCCAGAUACCGGGACCUCAGGAAGGCGGAGGCCUGAAGUCUCCGGGAAAGGGGCGGGGCCAGCGCGGCGCGAUUGACGGCUUGUCAGAGAAGUCGUCCUUGGUGGCGGAGCCAUGGGAGAGGCUGCUGGAGAUUGUUGGGUCGGUGGGGCUGAGGUGCGAGUGGCAGGGAGAGAAGGGCACCAGGACAUACUCGGAGCUCUUGCAGCGGGUGAAGGAGUUGUGCCGCUAUUUGCCUGGUCUGGAGGGCGAGACGUUCUCUCGCUGCUGUGCUCAAAUCGUCACGUGUUCCACACUCGUGCUCUUCCGGAGUGCACACUUCUACAUCUCCACAGUGCAGCCCUCUCUCUUUCAAGGUCAUAACUCUCUAGGUUCGACUCCAUGGGUUCUGGUGGAGGAUCUGUCGAGUGUGUUUAACGACAUCGAGCCCGAGAGACCGAGCGGAAAACACGCGCACAAAAAACGCAAACUUGCAGACGGGCGCGAGAAAACCAUGAGCUCUGACGACGAGGACGCUCUGGGUAAGGGACGAGGAAGACACAUUUUGCUGAAUAAGACCGAAAUGCCGGCUUGGGCCGAGACGUUAGAGCAUUUCAGAACGGCGCGAGACAGCUGGGACCUCUUGCACUCCCACGAGACUCUGGAAUCGGAGUUCAACAAGAUCUGCGCGGCAUGGAAGACGGAAAGUUGGCUUUGGUUCCGGAUAUUUCUCACCGAUAUGAUCAUGCAUCAGGGUCAGUACAGGAAAGCUCUGUCCAGUCUCGUGCAGUUGUCAUCUCUUCAGCCCCAGCAGAGCCAGAACACACACACGUCAACCUCCAGCCUGGAGACACACAGAGCCUUAAUCCAGCAAGCAUCAUGUCACUACGCGCUCGGGGAGUACCGGCUGGCCUGUGAGAAGCUGUUGGAGGUUGUAAGUGGGCUGGUGCCACAAAACCAGGAGGCAACAAAAUCCAAUGAGGAGCAGAACCGAGGAAGAAACAAAGCGAAGAAAAGCAGUGACUUGAGGCUUAUUCCAUGCACCAGCAAAGACGUUCUUCCCUUCUGUCUGCAGCUGAUGCUGGCCUGCUUCAAAUUCCGAGCGUUCACAGAGGGCAGCAGAGAUGACCUGUCUCUCGGUCACGUCAUCGUCCUGCUGCAGCAUGAUUGGCCACAGGGAGAGACUCUCUUCCUGAAGGCGGUCGACAAAAUUUGUGACCAGGGCAGUUUUCAGUACGAGAACUUCUUCAACUACGUCACCAAUAUCGACAUGUUGGAAGAGUUCGCAUACCUCCGUACGACGGAAGGUGGGCGGGUCCAACUGGAGUUACUGCCCAAUCAAGGGAUGCUUAUUAAGCAUCACACUGUGACUCGUGGCAUUACAAAGGGUGUUAAAGAAGAUUUCCGGCUGGCCAUGGAGCGCCAGGUGUCUCGCUGCGGAGAAAAUCUACUCGGCGUGCUCCAUCGAUUCUGCAUUAAUGAGAAAAUCAUCCUCAUCCAGUCUUUACCCUGAGCUUGGACACUUCUUCAUGGAAAAAUCCACCCUGAAUAAACUCUAUAUUAAGCUUUCUGAUUAGCAUGAUCUUGAACGCCACUCAAGAUUUAUUUUGGAAUAAAAUUCUGAGUUGCUCAUUUCUUCGUAUCGAGAGCAGUGCGGCAGCGCUUUAGUCUUUUAAUUUGUCCAGGUCUCCUAGUCGAUACACUCUGCUUAAACAUCUGUUUCCAAAUCUUCAAAACUAAGCCAUGGAGCUGCAUUGUAUUCUGGAACUCCUGAGUCCAGCAGUCGCUGUCCCCACAACGGCAACAUUCGAUUUGUCGUUAAUAUGACAAAAGUUGUUUUUCGGAGCCAACAACAAAAUCUAACCAUGAUCCCAUGCAUCUUGUACACGUAUUUAAUUUGUUUCAGGGAGGAUUUUUCUUUCGACUGCUGCCCUCUGCUCGAAUUUUUACUGAAUUUGCAACAUUUGUGCAAAAACCUUAUUUUUCAACUUGAUACUGUUUACUUUUGACUUUUGUAGGAAUUGUCGAGGUUGAGAGUUGCCUAUUUUGGAUAAGUAAAGAGACCUCAAACAGUAAAGUCUUACUUUUAAUGGGGUAAAGGAAUCUGGUAUAUUUUCCUGUUAAAACUCGUGAAAUUGCAUUUUGCAAAACGUUUGGCUAAUUGGUUGCACUGGUUGCAUCCUGUCCGAUGAAGAACCCCUCCGUGUUCUUAACGUGUUUUUGUUCAAGUAAUUAUAUUGACAGGAAGCUGCGUUGCUUGGGAAUUUCUAUGUUCGGUUAUCGAAUUGACUUAGAAAUCUUUUAAUUUCGGACACAGAACAAUGUUUGGUUUUUUUCUUUUGCUAUGUUUUUCGUAUUAUCAUGACUUUUUUGUAUUUGAGUUGUUAUUCUUGCAUACUUUAUUGUAUAAUUCAUGAAUUUUUAACUAAAUUUCAGACUUGAAAUAAAUAAAUAACCUGCUUUGAACUGAA